CAACAAAACUGCAACCCUGUGACUGGAAACUUGCUGACAGCUGUCAACGUGGGUUUCUUUCUUUUCUUACAAAUCGUCUUUGGAGAACUCCAUCUGACUUUGUAUUCUUACUAAGAAAGUAGCAGUCAUGGUUGCCGUAAAGAAACAGAAAAAGGCUUUGGAGAGUACCAAUGCCCGUUUGGCGUUGGUAAUGAAAUCGGGCAAAUAUUGCUUGGGUUACAAACAAGCUUUAAAAACCUUGCGUCAAGGCAAAGCAAAAUUGGUAUUGAUUGCCAGCAACACUCCAGCAUUGAGGAAAUCUGAGAUUGAAUACUACGCUAUGUUGGCCAAGACCGAAGUGCAACAUUACAGUGGCACCAACAUUGAGUUGGGUACCGCUUGCGGAAAAUACUUCCGUGUGUGCACAAUGUCCAUCACCGAUCCAGGUGAUUCCGACAUUAUUCGCUCAUUGCCAGACAACUAAAUCCUAUAAUGUAAUUUUAUAAAUAAAUAAUAAAAUUUCAAAAACAA